AGCCAAGACGAGUCGGAACUCCUUCGCUAUCAAGGUGUCUGUCACUGUAUUUUCACGCCUCGCGGCUCCAUCAUAUUCCUCGGCCAUCUUUCCCCUAAGCAUCUACUUCUUGCACUGUGCACAGCCUGGUAUCAGUUCGGGUUGACUAUUCAAGCAUCUAUUUUCACGACCUUAGUCUUCAUUCUUCCCAAAUCAGCGCCGCAAGAAGAUCGCACUACAAUUCCAAAGCAAUUAUCCAGGGCAGUUGAGGAAACACAAUGGACUCUCGCUGGGCUCUCACUGAAGAGUGGUCCAAGGAUCAAAGUAACUUCACUCUUUGGCACCUACUAUCCGACGACGAUGAAUUCACGAAAAUCUACAUCACACCUACAGACGCAAACUCCGAGGAAGACACCAAAGCCCCCAACAUAGGUCGCCGACAAGGACUAGGUACAUCGCCAGAACAAGCAGACCUGGACGACGUCUUGAAGCCCUACAAGUGCCACGAAGGUAACUUCGCACCAGUCCAAACGUGCAAGAAACUGCUCUGGGAAAUCCAGCCGUUUUUCAGCCGGUUCUCGAUAAACAAGAGGCCGUGGCGAUGCUGCAACGAAGAAAAGGAAAGCAAGUGCUGCAUAGGCCAUCGCAUAGGUCCCCCGCAGAGGGCCAGACACGGCCCAUUCCCGUCUCUGUUUGAGGCCUUGACGAAGAUUGUCUACUUCUGCACGGCUUCGAGAAGAAUGAUCGGGGAGACUGCUGGUCAGUGUAGGGUGACAGUGGACGGAAUCGAUGGAACUGCCUGGGUUGAUAAUGGCCAUACCCCUGAACCAUAGUUGAAGAGCAUAUCCUUAGAUUCCCUGCAAAUCAGUUGAAAUAUCGG